UUUUUACCACAAAACAAAAAAAAACUAUAUAUUAUAUUUUCCCUUCUUGUUCUUCUUGUUCAAUUUAUUACUAAAAAAAUGUCCCAAAAUUGGACAACAAAACAAAACAAAAAGUUUGAAGAGGCAUUGGUUAUGUAUGACAAAGACAAUAAUGGUGAAAAAUGGCAUAAUAUAGCAAGAUAUGUUGGUGGAAAAUCAGUUGAAGAAGUUAGAAGGCAUUAUGAUCUUUUGCUAAAAGAUAUUACUCAAAUUGAAAAUGGUCAAGUCCCUUUGCCUAAUUAUAGGACUACUUCUGAUCAAACCAAUGCUAGAGGUUAUGCUAAUGAACAAAGGCUUCUGAAGAAUUUAAAACUACAGUGAGCAGAAAUUUGGACUCAUAAAAGUCAACGGUCAAUGCCAUAUUUAUCCAAAUGUGUCAUGUUUAUAAAAUUCCAAAAAAUUGGAAUCUUUAAUUAAUUGUAAAUUCAUGUUUUUAAUUAAGUGUUUCUUAUCUUAUGUAUUAAUUAAAUUACUGUUGCCCAAUUAAGAGAUAAGAAAAAUGUGUACGUAACUUAAUGUUUUUUUCCCCUUUAAAUGUACCUUUAUUUCUGCAUAAGUUUAAAUGUACCUAUAAUAUAUAAAUUUGAGAAUUUUUUAGCUUAA